AUGGUUCCGAUAGUUGGUGGUGCAAGGUCCGUAAGCAGCAGUGAGAUGGCAAUUGGAGCGAUGGUGAGUGCUGGAUGUAGUUCUGGCAACGAGCCAACGAUGGAGAUGGCUCCUGGCAUGCCCUUGAAUGCUAUCAUCAACGCUUCGCAAUUGCCACCAGCAGAGCAUGUGCAGUUUCCGGAAGAUGUGCUAGCAGCUCAACUUUCUGGUGCGGCACAUGUUGGAGAAGUGGCAAGCUCAGGGCCAACGAAUCCGAUGAUGCGCUGGAUGAGGAGGAGACUGCAUGAAGUGUUGGAAGGAUUUCAGAGACGGGGUGAGGCCUUUUCAGGUUUCCAGACGCCGCCACCUGCAUGGAUGUAUCCUUCUCCUUGUCCGUCGCCGAUGGAACGAGCCUCGCCACCAAGCAGACCGCGAGCUGAGACUUUGUGGACUCAGCAGCAAUGGGAAAGGGUGCAAGCCAUGGAGCAAGAGGCUCCCUUGCUGCAUCCCCCACGACGUGAAGUUCCGCGUGAAUCUGCAAGUACCUCAGAUGUUCCGUCAGAUGUGGUUCAGGAAGAGGUCAGACGGCAGAUGGCGGGUGUGAUGAGCAUGCUGAAAUCUUCGCAAGAUGAGGUGCGGAGGUUGACGGCAGCGCUGGACAAGCGAAGGGCAAUGGAUGGGAGAGAGCAGCGGGAGGAAGGAGAUGGCCGCCUACCACAACAAGAAGGCGCUCAUGCUCGCAAUCUAGCUGGACUUUCUGGACCAGGAGGCAAUUCCUUGUUCCCAUCAAUGCCAGAGGUUCGUCAAGCAGGUGAUCCUUCUCCUGGGCUUGGAGGUCAAGGAAGGGAAGAGUAUCCUCAUGUAGGAGGAAGGAGUGGCCUACCACAACAAGGAGGCGCUCCUCGCAAUCUAGGUGGACUUUCUGGACCAGGAGGCUAUAAUGCACAUCCGAGCACUACGUCACCGUCGGGAAUGCCUUCUAGUUCCAGACCAAUGCCAGAGUCGGGGGUAAGGCAGCAGCAAAGUGCGACAGCGCCCACGGCAAAGGCAGAUCCAUUGAACGUCUUGGUCACUGGCAUGCAGCAGUUACAAGCGGCUAUGCUGAGGCAGAUAGGUUCGCAAUCCCAACAAACCCCAGAGAUUGUGAAACCGGGAUCGGCUGUGCUACCGUCGCUACCAUCUCCAACGGAAUCUGCUCCGAUAGAUUAUCAAGACUGGGUGUCGUUGCUGCAAACGUAUAUGGCAGAUCUGAGCGACUCGAGCGGCGAAUGGUGGGCUCGCAUCAUGGAGUGUGUGAACAGGGCCUACCAAGAGUACCUCAGGUCAACUCCUUAUGAGCGACUCACCCUGCAACCUGAGGAACCACCGGAGCUGAUCACUGGACAGUUUUCACGAGUACAUGCACGAGCAGCACAUCUGAUUUUAGCAGCACUGGCAACAGAGGUCAAGUCGGAGCUGGUCGCAUCACGAAAGACAACUGUGAUUCAAGCGAUGUUCAGGCUCACUAUCUUGUACCAGCCGGGAGGAGAAGGAGAACGGCAGUUGAUCCUCUCAAAGCUGACUACGCCAACUUCGGUGACUACGCCAGCAGAAUUGGUAGUGGUGCUUCGUGAAUGGGAACGAUGGCUCCGGCGGGCCAAGGUGAUUGGUUUGUCCACGCCAGAUCCCUCCAUUCUGGUGGCUGGUUUGACGAAUUUGAUGAGGUCCUUGUUAUCUGCAAAUCAGGAAGCGCAAUUCCGGACCUCGAUGAUACGGAGCAACUUGAUGAUCGAUCAGGUCCCAACACAGGAGGGAGUGAUGAAGCUGCAUCAACAUUUGUUGUCAGAAGCGGAGCAGAUGGCUACAGGUGGGGAUGCUAGAAAGGGAGGAAAAGGGACGGCUUCUUCCUCCGAGUCUCCAAAUCCGAAGCUGAGAGGGCUUACAACACCUACUGCGUCACCGAGCGAAAGGCCGCCCAAGAACCCUCAAGCAAAACCAAAGGCCUGCAAAUUCUUCACCUCAGAGAGUGGAUGCAUGAAGGGCCAGGAGUGCAAGUUUGGGCAUGAGUUCAAGGAGCUGCCGGACAAGAAGGAUAGGUGUUGGAAAUGUGGUUCGAAGAAACACAGGGCAGCAGCAUGCACAGCGGGGCAAUCACCGACCUCUCCAACUGCUAAAGCAGGACCUCCGAAGGAUCCAUUGCCGAAGGGACAGCCAGCCCUAAGAGGACAAGCAACUUCUUCCUCAUCGGUGCCUCCGUCGCCAUGUGAACCGCCAGGGCUGACGGGAGGUGAGACUUCGGCAACUGCAACCUCAGCGCCAGCUCCAAUAGCAGCAGCAUCGGCAACCACGACGAGCAGCUCAUCCAUUCCAAUGACCGCUCAGCCUAAGGCAUCCAAUCCUACGUUGUAG